CACACAUUCGAUGUGACGAUAAAUUUUGAAAAAUUUUGAAUUUUAGGAAGGAAGUAAACAAAGCUCCAGUCUCGUCGCGUACAGGGAGUUGCCGCGAGCCAUUUGUAUACAUCGUUCUAUAUACUUCUAUAUUAUAUUAUGUUCUGGCCUUCUGGUCGCUGCAACGAAACAAGCAGAGCUACUUUACCCCUAGGAAGUCCUUAGGAUGCCAGUGCUCACAAUAGUUCUAUCUUCCUCCAAACUGCUGCUCAGACUCACUCCCUUCACCACCCAGCAACAGUCCUUCCCCUGUGUCCAGUGCUGAGGUUGAGGCGUCCGAUGGCUGAGGUACUGGCCACCAUGGUGGUCGGGCCAUUGGUGUCCAUGGUGAAGGAGAAGGCCUCGAGCAUCCUCCUGGACCAGUACAAGGUCAUGGAGGGCAUGGAGGAGCAGCACAAGCUCCUCAAGCGCAAGCUGCCUGCCGUCCUCGAUGUCAUCACUGACGCCGAGGAGCAGGCAGCGAAAAACAGAGAAGGGGCAAAAGCUUGGCUUGAGGAGCUCCGGAACGUGGCCUACAAGGCGAAUGAUGUCCUUGAUGAGUUCAAGUACGAGGCACUCCGCCGCAAGGCCAAGGCAGAGGGGCACUACAAGGAGUUUGGUAUGGACAUACCACAACCACCAAUGUCCUUGAAAUGGAGGCAGACAGAUCCUUACAUCCCAAGCCAUUCUAUGAAUAUUGCUAGUGAAUCAAGAGCCGAAGACAAGAAGAAGAUUGUUAGUGCAUUGCUUGACCAAAGCAACAAUGUGGGUCUCACAGUCCUACCCAUUGUAGGAAUGGGAGGGAUGGGCAAGACCACAUUAGCGCAGCUUGUUUACAGUGACUCUGCCAUUGAGAAGCACUUCCAGGUUCGGAUCUGGGUUUGUGUGUCUGAAAACUUUGAUGUGGAUUCCCUGUUUAAAAUAAUAGUGGAAGAGGCUAAAAAGAAUGGUUGUGAAACGAGAGAUGGUUCAGCAUUGGAAGAAACGAGCGAUGGUUCAACAUUGGAAAAGUUUAAAAAUGCAGUGAGUGGGAAGAAGUACCUCCUCAUACUGGAUGAUGUAUGGAACCGUGAGGCCAACAAGUGGGAUAAGUUGAGGUCCUACCUUCAUCAUGGUGCCCCCGGUAGCUCAGUUUUGACAACAACUCGUGAUGAAAAUAUUGCUCGGUUCAUGGGGACAAUCAAAGCCCAUAAGAUCAAGCACUUGGAAGAAAGCUACAUAGAAGACAUUAUUAAGACUAGAGCAUUCAGUUCACCAUCAGAAGUGCCAACGGAGCUACAAAACUUGGUUGGUGAUGUUGCGAAGAGAUGUUCUGGUUCUCCUUUAGCUGCUACAGCAUUGGGGUCUGUGCUGCGUACUAAGAAUACCGUGCAAGAAUGGGAGGCUGUAUUAAAUCGAAGCACAAUUUGUGAUGAGGAAAAUGGAAUCUUACCAAUACUCAAGCUCAGUUACAAUUACUUGCCACCACAUAUGCGGCAAUGCUUUGCCUUUUGCGCUAUGUUUCCCAAAGAUCACAAGAUUGAUGUGGAAAUGUUGAUUCGACUAUGGAUGGCUAAUAGUUUCAUCCCAGAGCAACAUGGAGUGUGCCCUGAAGUCACUGGUAAACAAAUUUUCAAAGAGCUGGCUCAAAGGUCAUUUUUUCAGGAGGUGCGGCAAGACAGAUUUUACAGGCAAAUCAGUUGUAGAAUCCAUGACCUUAUGCAUGAUGUUGCACAUGAUUCUAUGGGAAAAGAAUGUGCCACUUUAAAUACCGAACUGAGCCAAAGUGAGGAUUUUCUAUACUCUGGUCGUCAUUUAUUUCUGUCAGUUGAUAUCCCAGGAAAUGUUGUGAAUGAUUCCCGAGAGAAAGGAUCUCUAGCUAUCCAGACACUGAUAUGUGACUGGUCCAGAACACUGGAUGUGCAACAUUUAUCAAAAUACUGCAGAUCUGUGCGAGCCUUAAAGACCAGACAAGGUUCAUCCUUAGAGCCAAAAUAUCUUCAUCACCUACGGUAUCUUGAUCUCUCGGCAAGUGAUAUUGAAGCACUUUCUGAAGACAUUACCAUCCUGUACCAUCUGCAAACAUUGAACCUAUCCUAUUGUAGAAGUCUUAAAAAUCUUCCAAAGGCAAUGAAGUAUAUGACUGCUCUCCGUCACCUCUACACUCAUGGAUGUAGGAAGUUAAAGAGCAUGCCUCCAAACCUCGGACACCUCACGUCCCUGCAGACGCUUACAUGCUUUGUAGCAGCUACUGGCUCGAGAUGCAGUAACUUGGGUGAGCUGGAGAAGUUGGACCUAGGUGGUAAGCUAGAGCUAAGCCGGCUCGAAAAUGCGACAGGAGCAGAUGCAAAAGCAGCAAAUCUUUGGGAUAAGAAAAGGUUGGAAGAACUAACAUUAAAAUGGUCUGACAAUCAUGACAAGGAAACAGAUAAGGAGGUGCUGGAAGGUCUCAGACCUCGUGACGGGUUGAAGGCUCUGAGGAUGUUUUUCUAUUGGAGCAGUGGUACUCCAACAUGGAUGCUUGAGCUGCAAGGCAUGGUGGAGCUCUUGUUAACAAAUUGCAAAAAUCUCGAGAAUCUUCCUGCACUCUGGCAGUUACCGUCCCUCCAAGUUCUUGACUUACACAGCCUGCCAAAUUUACAUUGCUUGUUCAGCGGUGGUGCUCCCUCCAAGUUUCAGAAACUGAAGAGGAUGGCCUUGGAGAAUAUGCCAAAGUUUGAGACGUGGUGGGACACGAAUGAGGUGCAAGGAGAAGAUCCGCUAUUUCCCGAGGUUGAGUAUCUGAGGAUCAGGGAUUGUGGAAGCCUCACAGCAUUACCAAAAGCAUCGUCGGUGGUUGUUAAACAAUCUUCUGGCGAAGAUGACACCGAGUGCCGCUCCACGUUUCCAGCAUUGAGAGAAAUGGAUUUACAUGGUUUGAAGAAGUUUCACAGAUGGGAGGCAGUCGAUGGAACUCUAGGAGAACAAGUAACAUUUCCUCAGCUUGAGAAACUAACAAUUUGGAAGUGCUCAGGGCUGACUACUUUUCCUGAAGCGCCAAAGCUAAGUACAUUAAACCUAGAGGACUGCAGUGAAGAAGCAUCCCUACAGGCAGCUAGCAGAUAUAUUGCUUCAUUGUCCGGUCUGAAUCUGAAGGCGUCAGACAAUUCAGAUUAUAACAAAGAAGAAAAUUCGAUUGAAGUUGUGGUACUGCACCGGCGCUAUGGAAUUACUUUGGACAGCUAUCACAGUUGA